GGUGGCGGUCAUGCGGCUGAACGCUGGUUGCUACCCGCAAUAAAACCGAAGAAGAAGAAGAAAAAGAAGAAGAAGACUGCGGAGCUGUGGAAGUUGUCAGAACAUCCAACGCUAAUAACUAGGAACAAAAACGUGAUGACGUAACGAGUCAAGAGGGUUAUUUGCUCCAACGUUUGCUGCUUAAAGGUCUCUGGCUUCCUGCUUUAGUACACAUAUUCUCUGAAACGACGACAACAAAGCACAUUCACAGCUGACAGAACUUUGCAUUGUAUGUUUGAAGACAGCACCGAGCUGACUACUACAGUUUGACUCGGUGGGAAGGUGGAGAGGGACUAUGGCCGCAGUAUAUCGCCCAGGGUGUCCUCACAGGGACUCACUGUCCUGGGAAGAAACAGAGUGCCUAAAUUACUAUGGGAUGAUGUCUCUCCAUGAGGUCUUUGAAAUUGUUGGUUGUCAGCUGACAGAGACUGACAUUGAAGUGUUGUCAUUCCUUCUGGAUGAAACCUGUCUUGCACCUCACCCCCUUGACCCAACAGGUUGGACAGUUAAUCCCUGUGAGGAUGAUACAGAUGACUUGGGUGUCUCCCCGAGUCCUGAGCUGCUAAAAGCCUGGAUGCGGUUGAAGCCUCAGGGCUCCCAGUGUCCCUUAGUGCCCUCGUGCAAGCCCAAGAGUGGCCUUGAGCUGCUGUUGGAGCUGGAGAGGCGAGGUUACCUCAGCGAUGGCACUCUGGAACCACUGCUGCAACUACUGCGAGUCCUCACUCGUCAUGACCUGCUGCCUCUAGUGUCCCACAAGAGAAGGUGGACAGUAUCUACAGAGAACAGAGAGUUGCUAUGCGGCCCUAGAAUGCCACACAACUACAGACAAACAGAAGUACCUCUUCCAUAUUUCACACAACACUUGAGAUCUGGCAUUUCCGCCCCUGUGCCUGGGCUAUCUGCUGGGAGGAAGAGGAAGAAGAGGGGACAUGGCUGGAGCCGCAGGCCCAAGAAAAUAAGCAGGCAGGCCCCGCCACUGCCUCCACCACCACAAGCACAUAAAGAAUCCUGCAAUAUCCGCUUGCGUGUCCGAGCCGAAUACCUGGAGCACGAGUCGGCACUCCGCGAUGGUGUCUCGUCGGACAAGCAGCAGCCCCUGGAGCGGCAGUUUGAGUUGUUCAGCAAAGCCAACUCACUGCUUCAUGCCAGAGACUUGGGUUCCAUCGUCUGCGACAUUAAGUUCACAGAGCCGGACAACCUCGAGGCCUUCUGGGGCGACUACCUGUCCGGAGCUCUGCUGGAGGCCCUGAAGGGAGUCUUCAUCACUGACUCCCUGAGGUUGGCAGCGGGCAGGGAGGGCAUCCGCCUGCUCAUCAGUGUGGACCAGGAUGACUACGAGGAGGGCCGGACGCUGCUGAGCUCUAUGUGAAUGUUGUCGUCUAGUAAUGGUGGGCGCACAGACUCACUGGGCUGUAUGGGCUUAUAAGACUUUUGUUUUGGAGUGUAUGAUACAAACUUUAAAUAUGGGAAUACGAGGAAAUGCUAUUGAAAGUAAUGGUCACAGGCAAAUUUGCAAGUAUUUGCAGGGCUUUCUAUUGUAGUUGCAAUUCAUGUUAUUACCACUAGGUGGCAGCUCUUACCAUUGGUUGUUAGUGUUCAUAACCCCCCCCCCCCCCCCCCCCCCUUACAUUUUCAGAAUUGACAGGUUUGUUUAUAACAUUACCUCCAUUUGUGAAAGAAAAUUGAAUAAUAAUGGAUCGAUGUGCUUUACCUUGGGAUUCAUGCACAGGUGCUACUUUGUAGGACACCAGGAUGAAAGCGCAUGUGUCAAGAUGUUUCUUCUUAGUCUCAGUGAGAACAGCAGCGUGCGAGCCUGUGCCAAAGGAAGUGGUAAGCCCCUCAUAACAUUAUCAAUCUUAAACAAGGUUGAGUCAGCUGAUGUGCCACAAGUGAUAGAAAAUACCACAAAUAACUACAUAGUGUAGACACAAUUCACAUGCUCACGGUCAAGGUUGAGCCUACACACACACAUACACACAUAUACACACACCAACAGAGACAUGUACACAGACUAAAUGAGCCACAAUCAGACCAAACUGAAACACAAUUUGCCAACCAUUUUGUCCAUAUUUCUGCAUAGACUUUGGGCCUUCAGAUUCUAAUAUUGCUCUUGAAACUCAAUGAGACAUUGCCAAGAAAAUCUGUAUAAAUGACAGAGAAUUGAGCACUGAUGGAAAGGGGGUCUGCUCUCCGUAAAGAUUCAAGUCCAACUUUGGAGCCCACGCUUAUACACCUAGAUAACAAACAGUGGGAUCCUCAGACCUGUGUGCCACGAUAACUCCACUUGUGAUUGCCGUGGUCAGUGGAUACGGCAGUUGCCAGUAGAUGACAGCCGUGAUUAGGGCUAGGCCUCAGCAGACCAUGGAAGAUUCAUCAUCCCAAGCUUGUCAACAGCGACCCGGAUAAUGCAAUGGUGGCUUGUGUCCGGGCUUCCAGCUAGGCCUCAGCAAGUGCUUCUCUCAGCAAGUAAAGCACAGGACAGUGCGUCGGUCAAUAGAAGUGAUGGUGGGGAGAUCAAAAUCAAAAGUGCACAUCCCAGCUCCACUCAGCCCUGAUAUGUAGGCCCAGUAGAGUGGCUCACGGACAGCUGUCUACUCACCCUGCUGGAACUAAUGCCUGGACUUCACUCAUAGAAGACGAUCAAUAAGGCCCCCCUCCAUACAGGCACGACUUAAGCAGGCUGUCUGAAGUGCCGGCAGGCCAGGCAGAGGGAGGGACAAUGGACAUAUUUCUGUUUACUUUAGUGUGUUUUUGAUACUGAAUUUGUUAAAGUAUGUUUGUAUAUUCAUGAGAGAGAGAAAAAAAACUUAUUCAGGAGAACUUCUUUGUUAAAAAAAAUCUCUUUUACUAU